CCCCCCCCCUCCCCCAUUCAACUAGCCCAUUCAGUUCUCUCUUUUCCCCUUCUUGUAUACAAUCAUCUCCAUGGCUAGUCCAUUCGGUGUCUUGGUUUGUCUACUCAUAGUGCUACCACAAAUCCUUGCUAUUUCUAGCCCCAUCGACGAGAUUGCACCUCUUAAGACAUGUCAGUUCCCUUGUAUGACCGAGGUUAACUUGCACUUGUUCUUGCACCAAUUCGUCGACGGGCCAAACAACCCAAACCGCAAUGAGGAAACCUUACUCCAAGCAAGUUUUCCUUUUGGGUUUGGGACGACGAUAGUCCAUGACUGGACUCUUACCGAGACAACAAAUUCCAGAGACACGGUUGUUGCACGUGUACAAGGUGUGCAUGUCCAGGCUGGUUUAACCAAGCCUAACAGAUGGUACACAACUCAUAACAUAGAGUUUCAGCAAGGACGGUUUGCGGGGUCCACCCUUCAAGUGAUGGGUAUAACCGCAGGUUUGGAAAGUGGGCAGUGGUCUAUUGUCGGUGGAACUGGUCAAUUCAUUAUGGCACAGGGUAUAAUAAGUUUCACAAAUCAUCCGGCCUCUACUUUUGAAGAUGGUAUUAAAGAACUCAAUAUUCGUGUACGCUUCACAAGGGAUAUUACACAAGCCGCUUGAGGUGCAUCUCGUCCCUUGAAAGACUAGCGCCAAUGCCAGUAAUUUGAUGGGGAAACGUGUUUGCAUUUUGCUUGUAGUGUGAUGGGUCGUUGUUGUGGUCUGCCUGUGUCAUUAGAGUAUGCGUUAGCUAGCAUACCCUCUUUCUAUCUUUCAUUCAAAAUAUCAUGUGGGUUUCUCGUAUGGUGGAUAUCCAGUCCAUAAUCUGUGUCAACCCAUCUGUUUGUUGGUGUCUAUGUAAUGUCUUGGAUAUGAUGUGGAAUAAUGGAAC